AUUUGCCAGUUGAUCAGAUUACUCGUCCUUGAGGCAAGUUGGCAAACGAGUAUAGGAAACUUAAGAGCACUGGAUAUAUACCACCGGUAGAACUCAGGCCCUAAUCUGUCGCCGUUUGACGUCCUGAUCGAAUCCCUUAUCGUCGACCAUGGAGCGUAGUCGUUUGAUUAUCAUCCUCGUAGCCGUGGGGAUCUUAACGGUGGCCAUCGUCGUCGCCAUUGCCGUCCCCGUGUCCAUGAACAACAACAAAAGCAAGAGAGCUUCGGAACUCGCCAUCCAGUACAUGAAGGAGGUGCCUCUGAUAGACGGGCACAAUGAUUUACCAUGGCAGUUUAAACAGGCUGUCAACAAUAUGCUACAAACCGUGGACCUCAAUGAGACUCCUACGUGGGAUCCUACCCACACUGAUAUCCCACGACUAAGGACAGGGCAAGUCGGAGCACAGUUUUGGGCCGCCUAUACGUCAUGCGAUUCACAGUACAACGAUGCCCUCAUGCAUAUCCUGGACCAGAUUGACGUCAUCAAGAGGAUGGUCCAAAUGUACCCUGAAACUUUCGAUUUCGUCACAACAGCACAAGGAAUUGUAGAUUCCCAUGAGAACCAGAAGAUAGCAUCUCUGAUCGGCGUCGAGGGAGGUCAUAACAUUGAUAGCAGCAUGGCUUCACUGCGCAUGCUCUAUGAACUUGGGGUCAGGUACAUGACCGUCACACAUAGCUGCAAUACACCUUGGGCGGAUAAUUGGUUGAUGGAUGAUGAGACUAACCCAGAACAUAACGGACUUACCGCUUUUGGCAAGGAUGUCGUCCGUGAGAUGAACCGUCUAGGCAUGCUGGUCGACCUCUCGCACGUCUCCGUGAAGACAAUGAACGACGCCCUCGAUCUCGUAACCGCACCCGUCAUGUUCAGCCACACCUCGGCAUACGAACUCUGCAACCACUACCGAAACGCCCCCAAUAGCAUUCUUACCAGAGUGAAAGCUAAUGGAGGAGUUGUUAUGGUGAACUUCUACACGAAGUAUAUCAACUGCCCACCCGCAAAUGUCACAGCUGAUGAUAAUUAUGCUACCCUUGGCCAAGUAGCAGAUCACAUGGAUCAUAUCAAAGAGGUGUGUGGAUGGGAGUGCGUUGGUUUUGGAAGUGACUAUGACGGCGUUGGCACUGUCCCCGAAGGAUUAGAAGACGUCUCUAAGUUCCCUGACCUGGUGACAGAACUCCUUCAGAGAGGUUGGACAGAAGAAGAGGUAAAGGGCGCCAUCGGUAACAACUUGCUUCGAGUCUUCAGGGCAGUGGAGGAGGAAAGCCAGAGGUUGCAAGCAAGCAUCUUACCUUACGAGAACACCAUGCCCAGAGAUAGCGGGAAAGAGGUCAAUAACACAUGCCGUACCUACGUCUAUGACCCACCUGCUCAGUAGAACCAUUAAACUGGGGGGGGGGGGG